AUGUAUCAGAGUGAGAGCACUGCCAAGCUCAAACGCAAGGGUCUCAAUGUCGGUUCCUGUGGGGCCAUGAAAGCUUCAGAAAUUGAAACCUCAGUGCAGACUAGGAUGCUGAUGGAGAGACUACGUUCCAAAUUUUCAGAGAAGUCAUGGAAUGAAACGCUGUAUAUUGUUCACCGAUGUCUGGAAAAGCCCAUUGGAAUGUUGGGGUCAUCAGUAAAUCAAUUAUUUUUGAACUGCGUGGCAAGCCUCCAGAAAUCUUUAAAUGUUACUUCCUUUACUGGCAUGGUGACCAGACUGGAUGCUAUAUCAAAAUUGACGGGGCUGGGCUCGCAUCUAAGCCCCAAUGAUACUGCUUACUAUAUUACUUCUGACAUGUUCUAUUUAGAGAUUAUCCUAAAGUCAAGUGGUGAAGUGCUGGAUGUCAGGGUGGCUCAUCAUGGGGAAGCCCCUGUGGUUUCCAAGGAGCUGACAGAACUUUUAAGGUAA